CAACGUACAAGUUUCCCCCUGACGGACUCUGCACCAUAAUCAUGUUCGACUCGGUGUACAGCGGUGAGUACGCAUUGGCACCGCCUUACGAGGAAGACUUCCAGUACUUCCUAGAGACGUCCAUGCAGGCCCAGAAUUCUGAAUUUGGUAUCGGCAUCCAUCAGGGCACAUGCAGCGACGAGAACGCCAUGAUGGAUAUAGUAAGCAACGCUUCGACAAAGGUGUAUUUAGACGAGUUGUGGAACCGCUACCAUAUCUACCACUAUGGCCAAGUCAGUGGAAGCAUUGUAUAUAAAGAUUUGCUUGCUUCAGUUGCUGUGAAGUUCGCAACAACAGGGUUAAAGAUGCUUUCCAGGCUUAUGGACGACAAGAGAAACCCGAUACUACGGCCAAGCUAUACCAUUCUCCACUAUUGGCUUUUGACGGCGAAAUACGGUAAAUUCGUUGGAAGGGCACUGAGUACGAAGCCGUUUGAUCAAGUCUGCGUGGCAGAGAGUGAUGGCUAUGAGUUUGUUGGUACAUAG